UGCACCUCCUGGCACGUGGCUUGGGCCUCGUCCCCCUCGUUCACCCGCUGACUCUUGGUCCUGCCGUCAGUGCUGAGCAAUCCGUGCUCCGUAACCAUUUUUGGCUCAGCGCUCGUAGCACGUUUGUCUCAUGUUAUUCCCCUCGACGUGUGAUAAUCCAGUGCUUUGGGUAUGCUUUCCUGGUCCUGUGCUGUGCGUGGAGGUGCCUUGGCUUUCCCACGACAGGAAAGGAUAACGUCUCCUGCGCUGCCCCAGAUAAGCAAAUGUAACUAUUAUAGUGGGCUUGUCGUUUACCCUUUGGUUCUCGGAAGCGGCAUUCGCAGGCGGUGGCACAGGCGUGGAAGCUUCUUCAGGCGUUCGCGCGCCCUUCGCAUUACGAAUACACAGACUCCAGAGCCAGACAUCAAUGUCGACGACAGUGAUGAUAUCCCUUCGCCUGAGGUUUCAGGCCGCUUGGAGAGAUGGCGUUCAAACCGUGGCCUAAGUUCAGCAGAUGAACCGAGACACGGUGGAUCGGCGGAUUCUUCCCAGUCCUCUCGCAUUGGUUAGCUUGGCAUCAGAUUCGUUCCCCUGUGUCGGCGAAGAGGUGGUGUUGCAGCUCGAUGCCGCUGAGGACGUUUCACGUAUAUCCGCGCUCGAGUUUGCUGUUGCACGGCAUCACGGCGUGGUUGGCUGCACUCUCGAGGUGGACGGCGCAUUCGGCAUCCCAUGGGGCGGAGUGGCAGCGGAGGUCUUAGACAUUGAGAGGUCUGCCCACGGCGAGGUGCGCGCCAGGCUUCGCUCGGUGUGCUACGUGAGGAUACUGAAGGCGGACUCCUCUUGCAGAGAUCACGAGUUCAGGGUGGCUCUCUCGCGGGAGGUCAGCGACUGGAGUGCCGAAGAGGAGGCGCAGGGCAUCGAGCACAUUCGAGGUAAAGUCGCGGCUCUGGAAAGUCUUUACAAGCGAUGCAGCGACUUGCAGAAGCGAAGCGGCCUCGUAUCUGCAGGUAGCUUCUGCCUCAAACCACUGAGCAGACGCGUUGAAGACAUGAGGCAGACGCUUGUGAAGAGCUCGGGCGCGUUGGCUGCAACCUUGAUUCCCCGCGAGGCGAUUGGGCCGGUGGUGACAUCGCACGCCCUGGUCGCAACUCUCUCCGCGCUGAUGCGGACGAAGCUGCUCUGCGAGCCCCUGUCGCUGCUCCCGCGCCUGGAGGCCUUGGAGGGCUCACUCACAAAGAUCGAGAGCAUCCUGGACAGACACAUCGAGACCCGGCGAAAGUCCGAGGAGGGCGGCCUGGCAAACCGCAACGGCGAGAUCAAGAGGAACUACCUCGAGGCGACGCGGGACUACGGCCUGCUGAGCAAGCAGGAGGCGGGCCUCCUUCCGGUGGUCCGCAGGGAGAGCGUCUUCUCCGAGGCGGAGGUCGAGGAGCUGCUGGCAGUGGCGGCCGAGAGCGUCAACCGAUGCGUUGGUGGCUACCACAGAGAGCACCCCAACGGGCCUUGGAGCACCUGGUACCUGCACACCGGAGGCUGGCUACGCAGGCGCCUCCCUGCGAUCUACGACCGCCUGGUUGAGGUCAUCACGGAGGUGGACCGCAACCACUGGCAUCUUCUGGAGAAUGCCCCGUGCGCGGAGCGCCUUGGCACGCCAGUGCCACGGUGCAUCGAGCUGCACACGGUCGGACCGGGCGGCGCCCUGCCACACCCAGACCAUGUCGACGUGGGGAGCCUGUGGACGCUGGACGUCAUGCUCUCGCGGCCCGGCGAGGACUUCGACGGAGGAGAGUUCCGGACGCUGGAGGCGGACGGCGACCUCAAGGCCCACGAGUUCGGCUUCGGCGACGCGGUGGCCUUCGUGAGCCACAAGCGGCACUGCGUCGCGCCCGUGACCAGGGGCCGUCGGCAGGUGAUGGUGAUCGAGUUCUGGCACGGCGAGGAAAGGGACUGCGCGCACAGGUGCUGUCAGCGCUGGGGCUCCUGCAGGGCGCAGCUUGGCUGCGAACAGAUCCAGGAGUUCUACGCGGCCACGGUUUCUGGCAACGGGGGCGCUCCAGCCAGAGAUUCGCCGAUCUAUGCAAUGGUUCUAGCUAAGGCCCGCGAUCUUUCUGGGGACACUUGCGAGGUCGGACUGGAUGAUAUAGACGUUUGUGUUCAGAUUCUCAUGCAGGAGAUGAGGACCCCCACGAAUCUGACCAAGGGCGGCGCAAGGUUUGAUGCAACUCAAAAGCUUGAAGACGACGGAAGGGGCUGGACAUGGUUAUCUGUUGGUGAGCAAGGCGGUAUUCUGGAAGUUUCGAAAUCGGUGCCUUACGGCAAAACGCCGUUACUCGUUGCAAAGGCUGACGAUGUCGAGUCCGUGUUCGAUGACCUGAAUUGGGAAAUCGUGUCGGCUCGCCUUGCCGGUUCACAUGCAAUGCUGGAGGGUAUGGACGUUGUACCAGGUGCGUGAUGCAUAUCAGUACGCUGUGUUGAACGUGCUACGCCAACUGGACUCGGAGCUCCUCGAUCCUGCGAGCCUUCAUCGGCAUAAGGGGAACGCCGCAGAUGCGUACAACCAAGAAUUGUCCCUGUACAUCGUCUUAGGAUUUUUGUUUAUCGUUUCGCCCCAUGCCGAAUAGUCUGGUAUGUUUGCGUGCGUCUGGCUGCAAUUCCUAGUUGUCUUAUGUUGCCGCAAGACAGUUGCUCACCUUCUCAAUAGUGUUACCCACUUGUUCAUUUGUGCAGCAAGACGGGGACCAGCAGCACGUCAGGACUCGGCUCAGCAAGUGUGUCGCGGUGGAACAAAUGCUGAGCAAUCCGUGCUGUGCAAUCAUGUUGGUGCAACCUAUGCUGUCCAGUCUGUGUGGUGCAACCUGCGUGGUGCAUCAUGGCGACUUCUCGUUCUGUCACAUUGUGUUGGUCCCCCAACUUCCCCCGGCACCCGGGGCAACCCAAGCAAC